AUGAGCUCAUUUGAUCCACAAAUACACUCACCACCACGCUGCAGCCCACAAUUUCCAAACAUCGGCCAGGAACCUCCUGAAAUGAACAUCUACUAUGAGAACUUUUUUCACCCCCAGAAUGUUCCUAGCCCACAGAGGCCUACAAACUUUGAGACAGGGGACUACAAUGCUACACCCAACCCUUACUUGUGUUUAAAUGGACCCUCCAUCAAUGCUCCAUCUUACCUCCCAGGCUUCAAUGGCAGUCCGUACAUCCCACCAUCCUAUGGAAUGCAAAGGCAGCUCUUGCCCAACAUGCACGGCUUGACUGGGAAUGAAAUGGGCUGGCUCCAGAUGCCAUCUCAAGAAGAGCUGAUGAAGCUGGUGAGGCCACCUUACUCAUAUUCAGCACUCAUUGCCAUGGCCAUCCACGGAGCUCCAGACAAGAGGCUGACACUCAGCCAAAUCUACCAGUAUGUUGCUGACAACUUUCCCUUCUACAACAAAAGCAAAGCUGGGUGGCAGAAUUCCAUACGCCACAAUCUGUCUCUCAAUGAUUGUUUCAAGAAGGUGCCUCGGGAUGAAGAUGACCCAGGGAAAGGCAAUUACUGGACUCUAGAUCCAAACUGUGAGAAGAUGUUUGACAAUGGAAACUUUAGGCGGAAGAGGAAGAAGAAGUCUGACUGCAGUGCCAGCACAGCAUCUCUUGCUUCUGACAAGUCGGAGGACAGUGCCCUCAGUGGAAGCCCCAAAGCAGCAGAACAUCAAAACAUGUUAGAAAACUCCUCGUCUGGCACUGAGACCUCUCCUGAAAAGAGAUCUCCACCACCCUCUUCCGCCGCUCCUUGCCUCAACAACUUUCUGUCCAGUAUGACGGCUUAUGUGAAUGGGUCCAAUUCAGUGAGCCGCUCUGUGCCUCUAGGACUUAACACUGACACUGGUGACAAAUUGGGACAGAAUAUGGUAGGAUUCAACUCAUACUCUCCUCUUUCCAACAUCCCUGCUCAUGGCAAUGGAGAAUGGUCCAAUUCCAUGCCCUCUAGUCACCUCGGCUACAGCAGUUCGGUUCUCAAUCAAUUCAACACCAGUUUCUACAACAGCCUUGCUGCAAAUAAUAGUCUGUAUACAAGAGAAGGAACUGAAGUGUGA